AAUGACGGUAUAAAGUUUUUAGCUACGUGUUUUUUCUCCUAUUUCAAAUGGCGAAGGAGUGAACUUUUUUUAUUAAAUUGUUACCCUUUAGUAUACCUACUAAUUGCAUAAAUGUUAUGAUCCAAAGUUAGGGUCUAUAGCUGUUGUAGUGCCAACAGAUAAGGCGAAAAAUCAAAAACAUCAUUAUAAAAUCGUUAUUUUCGCAUCAAGCCAUUGUAAAACGUAUUUACCGUCUAAACCACGCAUAUAAGCAUUAUAUAUAUGUAUUAAAAUGUGUUUUUAUGAUUCAUACUGUAGUGUUUAUCCAUAAAAAAAAAAAUGCUCUAAACAGUUAUCAAAAUAUGUAAGAACACAUUUUUCGUUCCUCGAUGGGGACUUGACGAAAUCAUAUUGAACCACAAAUCUUACAACCAACGCCAUAGUAUUAACAUUUAAAGCAAACAUAUUUUUGAAAAUAUAUUUAUUAUUUAUAAAAUUUGGUUUUUUUACUGUAAAAACUGGUCAUUGCAGAGGGACAAUAAUAUAUUAUUCGUUUUGUUUCCGAGUUGUACUUAAAUUUAUUGGAGAUAAAAUAAUAACAGGCAAAAUGCAUUACGAACUCAUAAUUUUCUUAGUAUCUUCUGUUUUGAUUACCAAUGUAGUGGGACCACAAACACUCGAGGACUAUGAGAACUUGCUUAGGGCUAUGUUGCCACCUGGUAAAGCUGUCAUUCCUGUAACGGCAACAAGAAGUGUAGAAGAGCAACUCGAGGACAAGCAACUAGAUUUGGCGUUUUCAAUAGUUUUAGUUAGUAAUCAUUUAACUGAUGCUGCUGAUGGUACCAUUACACCAGAAAUGUUUAAAGAGUUUGUGGACAAUGACAGUUUAAGUGAAGAUAUUUUACAGCACUAUUUUUAUCACAUAUCACUUUCUAAUCAAAAUCAGAUACAAUUGAUAGAUCGUGAUCAAUUUUAUAAACUGAUAAGGAAAAUACCUAAAAGCCGUAAAGUAAGUGAAUACAUCAAAGAGUAUCUUGAAAAGGCAGAUGCAAAUGAUGACCAAGUGUCAGACCGAGAGUCAAGAACCUAACAAGGAUAGGGUCAGUAAGAUUAUGGUCCUGGGGCCCUUAUAAGAUGUAUAGAAAAAAAAAAAU